CAUUCUCUAAUGUUUAACGCAUACUAGUUCACACCUAGACUCAUGCAGAAACACACACACAUGUUAAAUAGUAACAAACACCCACACUGUGGUCAGCCAGGAUGAUUUGCUCACGACAGCAGGGGAGACUGAGAGUGUGGAUGAUUGUUUUCUUUUUAACACAGGAAGUGCACUCGUCACUUCCACCUCCCCAAAAUGUGGCAAUUGUCUCCUUUAACAUGGAGCACAAGCUCACGUGGAGACCAGGUCCUGGCACAGAAGCCGAUACACACUUCAGAGUGCAGAGCUGUAGUAUGAAGACAAAGAUCUGGAGUUCAGUGAGGAACUGUUCCGACUUACAAAUUGGUGAGUCAUGUGAUUUGACCAAAUGCUUCAAAGAAAUGUACGGCCUUUAUCAAGCCCGAGUGCAAGCGUUCAUUCAGGACCAGGAAUCCAACUGGACCACAUCGAGACUCUUUACUCCCCUGCUGGACACAACUCUGGGUCCUCCGGUUGUGUCACUAACCGGCUGUGGAAACUGCCUCCUCCUGAAACUCAGUCUGCCACACGGUGUGGAGCAAAAUCUUUCCCCGGUGAAAUAUUUUUAUCAAGCGUACACUGUCAGUGUGACUAGAACUAGAGACAAAGCGCAGUUUACAGUUAUGGCAUCAAAUGGAGAGAAUUUGAUCAACUACCUGGAGCCGGGAGUGGAGUACUGCAUUACAGUCACUGCAGUGAGGUUCAGAAAACCCAUGCCUCCUUCUGACUCUCAGUGCGCCUACACAAGUCCGCAGACGAUCAACAUGGUGGUGGUGUUUCUGAGUGCACUGUGCUCAAUCUUCCUCUUGGUGUUACUCCUGUGUGCAGCUCUGAUCUACACCGGCCAGCUCCAUAACCUCCACGCACUGGUCCCAAGGGCUUUAUUGAGUUUCUUAUGGAAAGUGAGAAACACGUGAAGUGCUGCUGCUGCGUUACUGAUUUCAACACAAACCGGAUCCAACACCCAUAUUAUUCCAAAACAAUUGUCAUGUAAGGGAUGAGUGCUCUUAUUAAAUAAAAUAAAAAAAAAAAUAAAAAAAAAUAAAUAAAUAAAUU